GAGUCGUACGAGCGGCUGCGAGCUCGGGCGGUGCAGAUGCUGCGAAAGUCUCGUCCAGAGUGCGCGUCGCGGGUGAAGCUGUGUCCGGAGCGUACUACGGCGUGCUACGGAACCGUCGCCGCUGCCAGGAUCGCGCGCGCGAUCCUUCGCGAGAGUUCGUGGGAGUCUCGGUGCCCGGCGCGAUGGACGACCGCCCGGCGAUACCUGUUGCGCGACUCGAUCCGGUCCGGUUCGCGUCGCGUGUCCGCCGGUCCUCCUCCUCCUCCUAAGGAGUCCUCUCCGCCGAGACCGCCGGCUACCGCGAGGAUACUGCGGAUGAUGCAUCGUUGCGUUCGCGUUUCCCGUCCCGUUGACGUUUCCCCGUGCUAGACGACGCGAGUUUGUGUGCGCGAGUUCUUGUGCCAGGCGCGCCCGCCAACGCGUCGCCGACGGCCGCCGCGUCGUCCUUCCGCUUCGCGAGUGCCACACAACAGUCGCGCGGCGCGCGAGCCAGCUCUCAGCCGCUGACGAUUCAUCGAGGGAGCGACGAUAGUCUCGGCCAACGGAGCGAGAACAAGGAACACGCGCUCAACGCGACAGCGAGGCUGAGAGCAAGAGCGAGAGAGCGAGAAAGAGAGAAGAAGAGAAAGAGAGAGAGAGAGAGAGAGGGAAACGAAGCGCUAUGGGCAUCGUGCAGAGCAGCCGCAGCGGCGAGAGCGAUGGCGGUGUGCGCGAGGUAUUCGUCGGCGGUGUCAAGGCCGGCGUGCCUCAUCACUCGUGUCAACCCAGCCUCGGCAUGGGCAGCCUGGGCGGACCGCACGCACGCAGCGGUAGCGUACGUAGCGCGCCGAGACAACCGAUGCCGGACGCCGCCGAGCUCGAGAGACGUUUCACCAAAGUGCUGGCCUCCAUGGACCUGCCGCCGGACAAGGCGAAGCUUUUGAAGCAGUACGACAACGAGAAGAAAUGGGACAUCAUCUGCGACCAAGAACGAGUGCAGGCCAAGGAUCCACCGGCCCAUUACUUGGCGAAAUUGCGCACCUAUCUGGAUCCCAAAGCAUCACGAAGCCAUCGAAAAAGGAAAAUGGUCGGGGAAUCCACGUCUACCCAAGUACUACGAGACUUAGAAAUAUCCUUGCGCACAAAUCACAUUGAAUGGGUGAGAGAGUUCUUGGACGAAGAAAAUCAAGGCCUGGAUGCUUUGAUAGACUAUCUCAGCUUCAGGCUAUUGAUGAUGCGGCAUGAGCAACGGCUCUUGGAAUCUCAUACGAGUUCUGAGGAAAAAUUACAAACCGCCAGCACCGGUGGUGACACCUCGCCGUUGAACAACGGAUGCCUGAGGCCACCUCUUCACGAGCUGAAAGACAGCCCCGGUGUCAAGAGGAGAUCCAGACAUGUGGCGCGUCUGAAUAUGGGUGAAGCGAAGGACGACAUUCAUGUUUGCAUACUCUGCAUGCGUGCUAUCAUGAAUAAUAAAUACGGAUUUAACAUGGUUAUCCAACACAGAGAAGCUAUCAACUGCAUCGCACUGAGCUUAAUCCAUAAGAGUCUGAGGACGAAAGCCCUCGUGCUGGAGCUGCUCGCCGCAAUCUGCCUGGUGAAGGGUGGCCACGAGAUCAUCCUGUCGGCGUUCGAUAACUUUAAGGAAGUCUGUUGCGAGAGGAGAAGAUUCACCACGCUCAUGGCGUAUUUCACGCAGUACGACAGCUUCCAUAUAGAAUUUAUGGUCGCUUGUAUGCAAUUCGUCAAUAUCGUCGUGCAUUCGGUCGAGGACAUGAACUUCAGGGUGCACCUGCAAUACGAGUUCACGAAGCUCGGAUUGGACGAGUAUCUCGAGAAGCUCAGGCAUACGGAAAGCGAGGAUUUACAGGUCCAGAUCUCGGCUUAUCUAGAUAACGUAUUUGACGUAGCUGCCCUGAUGGAGGACAGCGAAACUAAGACUGCAGCGUUAGAAAAAGUAGCGGAAUUAGAGGACGAGCUCGGCCAUGCGCACGACCGGAUGGCAGAGAUAGAAAGGGAGUCGCUGGCGAAGUUGGCGGAGUUGGAGACCGAAUUGGGCGCGCUGAAAGUAGAAUACGCCGACGCCUUGGAAACGCGUAGGCUAGUGGAGGAAGAACUCACGGCUCUCAAGAGGCAGAGGCAGGAUUCCGCCCGGAGGCAGAGCGUCUUGGAGAACAAGAUUAUCGAAUUGGAGACUCUCACGGGCACGCUCACGAAAGGCUCGUCAGUUGCUAGUCUACGAAACGGAACCGCGACGAGCCCCCUGAGCAAUUCGGACAACGUGACAUCCUCGCCGUUCACGUCGACGCCAUCUCCGACGUCAGACCAAGCGCCCCCGCCGCCGGCUCCGGCGCCGCCGCCACCACCACCACCGCCGUGUCCACCGCCGCCUCCUAUGGCUCCUCUCUCUCCCGGAGAUCAUAAGUUACCGCCACCUGCGCCGAUACCUCCGCCACCCGCUGGCAUGAUGCAAGCGCCCGACGGAGCGAUGACUAUUAAACGAAAAGUCCAAACAAAGUACAAACUUCCUACGCUUAAUUGGAUCGCUCUGAAACCUAACCAAGUGCGAGGUACUAUCUUCAAUGAACUGGACGACGAUCGUCUCCACAACUACAUUGACUUCUCGGACUUCGAAGAGCGAUUUAAGAUCGGCAUGAGCGGCCAUGUGGCGAACGGUAACAACGAGAUCGACGGACUCCAAAGCUUUCCCAGCAAACGAUUCAAGAAACCGGAGAACGUAUCGCUUUUGGAGCACACGAGACUGCGAAAUAUCGCUAUAUCGCGCCGAAAGAUGGAAAUGCCAGUCGAGAAAGUGAUAAUGGCAGUGAACGCUCUUGACUUGAAAGUCCUCUCGCUCGAAAAUGUCGAAUUGUUGCAACGUAUGGUACCUACGGACCAAGAGAUAAAGGCUUACCGCGAGUAUAUCAUAGAGAAGAAGAACGUCAACCUGUUGACAGAGGAAGAUAAGUUUUUGAUGCAACUCGGUAAGGUAGAGAGGAUAUCUACCAAAUUGUCAAUUAUGAACUACAUCGGAAACUUUUUCGACAAUUUACACCUUAUUACGCCACAAAUACAUGCUGUGAUAUCUGCGUCCAGUUCGGUUAAGAGUUCAAAGAAGUUAAGAGCAGUAUUAGAGAUCAUUCUUGCCUUCGGAAACUAUCUGAACAGUAGCAAACGGGGCCCCGCGUACGGCUUCAAGUUACAAAGCUUAGAUACGUUAUUGGAUACGAAAUCGACAGAUAAAAGGAUGUGCCUUUUGCAUUAUAUCGUCGCCACCAUACGAGUUAAAUUCCCGGAACUUAUUAAUUUUGAAUCGGAGCUGAUGUACAUCGACAAAGCGGCAACAGUUUCGCUGGAGAAUAUAACGACCGAUGUGCACGAGCUGGAAAAAGGCAUGGACCUCGUGCGGAAAGAAUUCGAGCUACGUGGCAAAGAGAAGCACAAUACGGUACUACGCGACUUCCUGAACAACUCCGAGGAGAAGUUGCGGCGUUUGAAGCUCGACGCACGCACCGCGGGCGAGGCAUUCCGGGAGUGCGUCGAAUUCUUUGGGGAAAGUCCAAGGCAGGCUGACGCUAACACCUUCUUCUCCCUUCUUGUUAGAUUCGCGAGAGCAUUUAAGGCUGCGGAUCAAGAAAAUGAACAGCGUCGUAGAUUGGAAGCUGCUGCUGCGGAAGCUUUGAAUGCGUCGGAAGAAGUAAUAAAACGUAAUAAAUUAAAUCAGAAGAAGCAACAGGAUGCUGUUAUAAAUGAACUGAAGAACAAGACACGAUUAGUGCAAGAGAAGAAGCUAUUGCAGCAGGACGAGGUGUAUAAUGGUGCCCUGGAGGAUAUCCUUCUCGGUCUUAGAUCUGAACCGUAUCGCAGGGCGGACGCGGUGAGACGUAGCCAACGACGGCGCAUCGAUAAUCAUAGACUCUCACGCACUGCCGAAGAGCUCGAGCUAUAAUUUGCAUUUCCACACGUCUAUAAAGUGCUUCAAUUCUAAAGAAGAAAUGCCUUGCAACGAUGGACCGCAACGAUCGACGUUUCAUUGUAACUCAGCUUGACGCGGACGCCAACGGAAUCAACGAGAGAACACCAAUCAUCAAUUAACUUGAUACUAACUUGUAAGAGGGAGAGGGAGAGGGAGAGAGGGAGAGGGAGAGAGAGAGAGAGGGAGAGAGAGACAGACAGACACAGCACAGUUAGAUACGCUACUUAUAUACCGCCUAACUUUUGGAAGCUUCUUUUACGACCGGUAACGCUUUGUCACGAAAAUACAAAUUCACGAAAAACCGAACGACAAUAUAUCAUCCGGUACGUCCAAUUAGACUGGACUUUUCGUGCACGAGUCAUUUAGUGGUGCUGAAAGUUCAAUCGUUAUGAACUUUGGAUUUACGCAAGCUUUAGGAUACGUAAAUUUCUCGAACGCAUUAAUAAUAUACGGAGCGGCAACGGCACGUAGAAUUACGCUCUGUAUUUAUACAAAGUACUAAUGAUCUUUGUACGCAUAGUGUUAUAACGAGAAUCUUAUAGUUAAAAUCGUAUAAUUCCCCUUUCAAUCUAGCAUAAUAGUGUAUUGUUAAUGCAUAUCUCUGCAGCAUUUCUAGAGCAAUUCCUUUUGGCAUCGUUCGUCGUGUUUGCGUAAAAAGUUACUGCGUAUUUACAAAUUUCAACAAUUUACUGUUUCUUCCUGUUCUCAUUCUUUGUUCGACAAAUAAGAUAUGUAAACGUGAAAUUAUUUAAACUUGGUUGUUGUUGAUUGUUAUACGUAUAUUGAAGAUAUUUAUCAUUUUUCAUAUCAAAUGAAUACGUUGAUUCAAUGGAUUGUUUAUAUCUUUUAUUCCAAGCAAUCACUGUACGAAGUGAACGAAACGUAUAAUCUUUAGCGUAAGUUCGUGUUUGGAAUCGUUCUAGGGAGCAGUCGCAGGUUUUAAGAAAUUUACGAGUAUCUGUGACAUUCCAACGACGUGUAACGCAAGCCGGGUAAUUCGUUACAUGGGAAUUACAUUACAGGUUGUAUCCAGGUUGAAAAAAUGGGAGAACGACAGCUUUCCACAAAACCCGAAAAUAAGUGUCCACAUUUUCGUAUCACGAGUAGGUUGUAACAAUGUAUUUUCUUGCAACGGAAAUAAUUAAGGUCAUACGUAUAUAUUACAGAAGUGAUAAUUGACUACGUAUAAUAUUCCAUGUGUAACUUUCCGCGAUUCAACGUUACAGUUGAAAAUCCGUUAUGAAGCGUGUAAGUCGUUACGCAGCGCGAACGAAAGUGAGAUUUACAGUUGCCUCAAAUCGUUUGGAUGUUUUUUCGGAAAUGGCAUUUUUGCGAAAUACUUGCUACAUUCCUCAAACACCUCACACUCUGUCGAGAAUACUUAUAACGCACUAACAAGUAACAAUAGUAUUUUAUACUAUAUCGUAAUAAUCGACAUGUACUAAGCUAUAAAACUUACAAGAAGACA